AUGCGGGGAAUUAAUCCCGCCCAACCACUCUCAAGCCUACGAUCUCCAACUCCCCCACGGAGCCCGAAGACACCAAAUGUCCUCGAUCGCACGGCCACCAGACCCGUGUCUAGUGGCCAUAAUAUUAAUUGUCCGCUCAAGAACCGGCCCCCGUCUCGUCUUCCACUACCCCCGAAACCACUUAGCGAGAACCGAAUUAAAACCACCGCCAAGGGCGGCCGGCGCAGCUCCCGCACUCGUACGCGACAAGGCUCGAGAAACACCGAUUCUAGCUCAAGCAGUGAAAGCGGCUUAAGCUCAGACGAUGAGGAGGAGGACCGCGAGCGAGAAAAAGAAACUCAUGCCGGCGGCAGCUCAGUGCAUGCAGGUCGGCGCGCCAGCAACUUCGGCCUCGACGAGCACCUUUCCGUCUCGGCUUCGACUGCAGCCAACGAACCGCACCGUCCCGGAUCUCUAGGCUCUGGUCGAGCUUCCUCGCUACGAAAGCGCGGUGGCGCAGGUUCCGAUCUCGAAGAGGAUGCAGGGACCGCGUCUGAUCGACCUGAGGAUGGACCCGGGAGUUCUAGGCCCCCCUGGGAGUCCCUUCUGGGUGUGCCUGGGAGUGUAUGGGAGAAGUUGUUGAGUCCGUCUCGGUCGUGGCAUAAGCGGCGCUUCGAGGUUGGCAUUAAUGAUCUGGCGCUUAUUGGGUGGCCGGUGUUUGUGCGCGAGGAUGGGACAUGGCGCAAACAACGACGCAAGAAAAAGAAGAAGCCCCGUGCUGACUGGGAUGGUGGUGAAUUGGGUCACAAUGAGCAGGCCGAGGAUGGGCAGGGUGAUGAGCACUUCGUUACGUCUCCUGAUAUGGGUGCUAGUGUUGCUUCCAUUGCCGAGUCUUUGACUUCGCCGACGGAUAGUAAGCGUGAUUCGACGAGUGGGAAACCGGGGAAGAUGGGGGACGGGCCUCUUGAUCCUGAGGACAAAGACCAUAUGACUAUGUUCAAUGUGGUGUUUGUCGUGGACCCGCCUCUUUUGGAGUACUCGAUGCGCGUGAAGGAAAUCUAUGAGAACGUUAUCAAGAAGUUUGCCAAAGCUCUCAAAUGGGAGCAGGCUCGCACUGAUUAUGUGUGGAAAGAGUCUCAGCACAUCUUGCAAGUUCGCCGGAGAGCACGAGAGAAUAAAACAUCGACUCACAACCUUUACUCCGAGUUGAUAUCUCAGUCUUCGCUGGCUCGGGCUAUGUACACCGUUUACAGUAGCAUAUCAGCAUCCAAGAUCGCAUCUAUCUCGCUCAGCCCCGAUGUGUCUAUUUCGCUCCAAAUCCCGCCAUUGACCUCUACCCCAUACGUUUCUGGCCCAGCAGACAAGUCAUACCCCGGCCUGUGGUUGACCACAGCAGACAGUGCAACUCCAGUGGACGACCCAGGAGCUGAUGGAAACAAUACACCACAUCAGGUAUUGGCAAAGCAUUUCGCCCUCCUACUUUUGGACAGCGAAGCUGCUAUUAUCAAAGAUGUCGAAGCCUCCGGUGGCACUCUAGCCCCAGCACUCGCCCAUUAUAUCCGCUGUUCCAAGCCAACCAAGUCCUUUGCUCAGAUAUCGGCUUCGUCAGGGAUCCCCUUGUCCCAUAUCCAGAUGCUGUCAAGCCAUCUUGUGUAUUGGCGCCGUGCCCGCGCUAUUCCUCCCAUUCAUCAACGAGACACAUACAUCGUCUCUCCAAACUGCGACCUGAGCAAGCUGGAAGUAGCUACGAUCGCCUAUCAAGCGGCGUUCCCAACACUUCCCAGCUUGCCAAAGAUGCUUUCCACCCUCAGCGGCACCCCUCGCCCAUACAGCAACUUUAUCCCCAGCAAGGACCACAAGGAGGUCUACUUCACUAUCCUAGCAUGGUUAUUGCGCGGUGGUUGGGUCACCCAGCUGCGCACAUUCGCACGUAUCAAGGUCACACCCGAGAUCAAAAUGGCCGUGGAAAUGGCAUUGCGGAAGGAGGAAGUGGACCGGUACCUAGCAAAGGGCUCCUCCAACACCAUCCCAGUCGACGAAGAUGACUCCGACGACGAGAACGAGGACGAUGAUAUCAACUCCUCAUCCUCAUCGUCACUGGCAAGCCACGGCAGCGGAGAAGAGACACCCAUGCCCGGCCGACUCGAUCCACACACUCAACUACGCGUGUCUCACAAGUAUCUCGAUCGAUCAACCGCUCUCCGUCUCUCAUCAUUCAUCCUCUCUCCACACCGCGCAUCCCCACUCGAGUCACGCUGGCUUGACGAGAUCGUCGCUCGAUUCCCUGACCACCCCAGCACAGAGCAAGAUGAUAUCAACAAUAGUCCGGAUAUCACGCCCAAUGAUCUCCAGACCGUACACAAGAAAUACUGGCCAGUUUUCCUGAAAUACUUCAAUGGAUAUGACGCUGUGGAAAAGAUUUCCGUUCGGGAAAAUCUCAAACGCAAACUUGUCUGGCAGGUUCUUAUGCGGCUAGGGUUGGUCACAGGUCCGCUAGGGUCGAUUGACUUGGAUGCGCGUGAACAGGUGUUGGUCAGUGUUCGGCAUUGGUAG